GGUGCUGGCUCAACCCCGGCUCCUCCGCAAGGCCGCGCGGCCCCACAGCGGCAGGGGAACGCUGAGGGGCGAGGCGGAAUUAAGAGGAAAUAAAGCUGGGAUUGAGUGGGAAUAAAGCCGGGAUUAUGUGGGAAUAAAGCCGGGAUUACGUGGGAAUAAAGCCGGGUGAGGCGGGUUUGCUCGCCCGGGUUUUGGGGAGGGGGAGCUGCGGGCCCGGGGUAGGCCCGAGGCCUUCCCUCAGCGCUGUCCCCUCUCCAAAGCCAGCUCAGAUAUUUCCUAAAUCUCCUCAUUUUUCACAUCAGAACUCCUUUUUUCCUGUUGUAGCAACGCGUCCGAGGGGCAUUUCUAACGUAAUUCCCUAAAGGAACUUCAGGAGCUGAGUAACUCUGGAUGCAGGCGGGCUCAGUUCCUCCCGGAGGUUGUUAAAAACAACGCGAAUCCGCCAAUUUUUGGUGUUUUUUCCUUAUUUUUUAAAGGUUUUCCCUCCCGGAUGUUGUUAAAACAACGCGAUUCUGUGAAUUUUUGGGGUGUUUUUCUUAUUUUUUUAAAGGCUCUGCUUUCUGACGCCAAUUUUUGUUAUGGAAACGCCAAAAAAGAAAAUUUAUUGUUGUUGUUAAAGGGACCAAAGCCUCCAGGUUAUUCCCAGAAUUGUAUCAGGGUCGCAUUUCCUGAAUAAAUCACAGCUUUAUUUGGCUGUAAAAAAUAGAAAUAAAUAAAAUAAAGGAUUUUAGGGUUGAAUUUGGGCACAGCUGAAGCAGAGCAGGAAGAAUUUUCCAUUUAAAACUUCCUGGUGGUGACAUUUCCCAGCUCUAAUGACAUUUUCCAAGGUGAAAAUCGAAUUUUUUGGGGGAAAAUCGAUUUUUUUUUUUUUUGUAUUUAAGAAAACAUUUCCAUGAGGGAGAGGAAUAGGAAAUUUUUAUAGGAAAUUGCUGCCAGGCUUUGAGGUUAAGCUCAGAAAUACAAAAAAAUGAAAUUAAAUUUAAUUAUUGCUGUUUUAUUCAAGAGUGAAAGGAGCAGCUUCCCUUGGUUUGGGGUUGAUUUUUAAAGAGGAAAAGCUGAAAGAGAGAGAAAAAAAUGGAGAAAAAAUUGGUUAAAAUGUGAAAUUCCUGCUGCUUUUCCUUCUUUGCCACCUGAUAAACAGGAAAUGAGUCAUCCAAGGAAUUUAAGGCACAAAUGAAGCAGCAGGAGAAAAUUUUCCAGGGAAAUUUGAGAGUUUAAAAUCCAAAAGUUCCUCACAGGGAAAUGCAGGAAAACUUCUUUAUUUUCCCUUUAAAAAUAUAAAAGUGGUGUUGGUUUUUAUGGCCUGGUUUCUGCUGCUGCAUUUUUAAUUGAUUAGAUUUUUUUUUUCUACAAAAAUUUUCAUUAAUUUCAUGAAUUCAGAACAAAAAACUUUAAAAUUUUACAUUCACUUGAAUUCAUUCAAAACCUACUGAGUGCACCAGAGUUACUCAUUUUUAUUCAAAUUAUUUUGAAUUUACCAGUUUAAAAAUUCAACAAAAAUGUUUUUUAAUGAACUUCUUUAAUAAUUAAAUCACUCUAAUGAAGUUUAAAGGUUUUGGGUGGGUUUGGUUGAUUCUUUUCUGUUAUUGCUGUUUAUUUUCAAGGUUUAUUCCAAUUUAAACAAGAUCCACAGUGAAAUAUGGAAUAAUGAAGGCAAAAAUUUGAUUUAUUUUUCAAAAGAAUUCAAUCUGAAGGGAUUUUCUCUCCCCUCAGGGUGUUGGAUGUAGAAAUGUUGAAUUUUCAAUGUGGAAAUUCCUGCUUUGGGUUGGAAUUUCUGCUUUUCUCACCCCUCACUCCCAGGAUUUCAGUAAACAGAAGAAUUCAGGUUGAAAUUUGAUUUGAAUUCCUUGGGAAAAGUUGAAUUCCCACCACAAGGAGCUCCAGGAGUUUUAGGAUUAAAUUCCAUGAGGCAAAAUUUGAUUUUUGAAGCUCCAAAAUUGAAUUUAACCCCAUGGAGAAGAACAGGAAGCACUUAAAUCCUGAUUUAUUUUUAUUCCCUUUUCAAUCACUCAAAAAAAAACCCUAAAAAACCAAUAAUUAAUCUGAAAACCCAACUUUUCCUCUCUUUAUUUUAGAUUUGGGAAAAUUCCUUGGCCAAAAAAAAACAAACAAAAAAAAUCGUGGAAAAUUCACAAAAUUUCUUUGUGUGAGUAAAAGGUUCCAAGUGUUUCUUCUUACGCUGCAAAGAAAAAUUGAUUGAGUUUUGUCCUCCCCAAAAAGAGUCAGAAACAUCCGAGGGGUAAAAGUGAUUUUUAUUUGGUUUUUAGCAGAAUAUCUGCAAGAAAAAUGGGAUAAAAACUCCCAAUAAAUCCAUUUUUGGUGGCACCCAAACCCCAAUCAGCUGCUGAAUGAUUAGGGAACAGCACAAAUGGAAAAAUUGGGGAAAUUUCUUGGAAAUUCUGCCCCAAAUUCCCCAAAAUUCCUGGGUUGAGGGUUGGGGAUGGGUGAGUUUGUCCCUGUGCUGUCCCCAAUAAUCUCAUUUUCCCCCCAAUUCCAAUUUAUGGGUUAAAAUUCUGAUUUUUUUGUUGUUUUUCUCCUUGUCCUGCUGUCCUUGCCUCCUUUGGGGUGUGUAUAAACACAAUUUUGGGGUUUAUACACACAAAUUUUGGUGGGAGGGGGUUUUUUCUCAUCAAUAUGGGGGAAGGUUUUUGUGUUUUCUUAAUAGGUGAAGAAAUCUCAGAAGACCAGAAAUUGCAACUUACUGAAUUAUAUAAUUAAAAAAAAAAUUUAAAAAAAACUAAAAAUUUCCCCAGCUGUGGAAGAUGGAGCCUCAUUUUUUGAAUCCUGAGCCACUUUGAAUCGCUGGGGAUUUUUUUUUUUAUAAUUUUUUUUUUUUAUGUUUUUAUUUUUUAAUUUUUUUUAUUGGAAGAGCUAAAAUAUCCCUGGCUGUCUCCAGAUUUGCAAUGGACUCAAUUCCUCCUCCAUUGUUUCUGAGAGCAACCUCAGAGUUUUUGGAAAAUUGUUGGCUGAGAGGUUCCCUUGGAAUUGUCAGGAGGAAAAAAAAAAAGCAAAAAAAAAAAAAACAAAACAAAAAAGCAAAAAAAAAAAAGGCAAAAUUCACAAAUUCUUUCUGCCCCUUUGUUAUUCAUUCACGGACUCCUUCGGCCUACAGGAGAGGGAACUGCAUGGCUGGGAAGAACAAAGGCUGGGCUCAGCGUGGCCAGGGUUACUUUUAAGCAGAAGCUGUCAGAGCUGAGCCAGGAGAAGCCUUUGAGGUUCCUGCCCAGGCUGGAGCAGGAGAGCCCUGGGAGGAGCAAACCCUGAGUAGGGAGUGAGGAUCUGCAGCAUGUCCAGCCAGGGGGAUGACUGCUACUUCUACUUCUACUCCACCUGCAACAAGGGUGACUCGUGCUCGUUCCGGCACUGCGAGGCGGCGCUGGGCAGUGAGACCGUGUGCACGCUGUGGCAGGAGGGGCGCUGCUUCAGGAAUGUCUGCAGGUUCAGGCACAUGGAGAUCGAUAAAAAGCGCAGUGAGAUCGCCUGUUACUGGGAGAACCAACCUGGGGGCUGCCAGAAGCACAACUGUGCCUUCCACCACACCAAGGGCAGAUACGUGGAUGGGCUCUUCCUUCCCCCCAGCAAAACCACCCUUGCCAGCCCCCCAGAGGCUGCAGAGGACGAGGUGAAGUUGGUGCAGCUGCAGCAGAACAAACUCUCAGUGCAGUCCAACCCCUCCCCUCAGCUCAGGGGGGUGAUGAAAGUGGAGAAUUCUGAGAAUGUGCCCAGUCCCACCCACCCCCCCGUGGUCAUCAACGCUGCUGAUGAUGAUGAGGAUGAUGAUGACCAACUUUCUGAAGAAGGAGAAGAAACCAAAACCCCAGUGCAGCCCCCAGCCCCAGAGAGCCACAAUGGGCUGAGGGUGAUUUCCACCAGGAAACCCAACCCCAGUGCAAAGCAAGAUGACAACUUAAAUUUUGGAAUCAAAACCUUGGAAGAGAUCAAACUGAAGAAACUCAAGGAAAAAGUCCUGAAGUCCUUGAAGGAGAGGCUGGGGCUGCCCUCUGAGCAGAGCAGCACUGAGACAGACAAAGCUGCCAAACCCAUCGAGGAGAUCAGAGUGAAAACCCUGGAGGAAAUCCGCCUGGAGAGAGCCAAGCAGAGGAGAGCAGGAGAGCCCCCAGCCAAAAUCCCAGCAGAAGGAAGGAAAACUGAAGAAACAAAUUUAGCAGCAAAACCUUCCCCUGCUGCUCGCAGCAAACCCCUGAUGGGAGCCUUGGUGGAGAAAAACCACAAGAGGUUGGGAGAGGAGAAGGAAAAAGCUGAGGAAUUGAGCAGCAGGGCCAGGAGUGAGGGAGAUGCCAGGAAACAGAACAUUCCUGCCCCAGCUGCUGGCAGGGUGCAGCUGGCAGAGGCUGGCAGAGCCAGGGGAGCUGCAGAAGUUCGGAUCAAAACCCUGGAGGAGAUCAAGAGGGAGAAGGCGCUGAGGCUGCAGCAGAGCGGGGAGAACGUCCCGGCUGCCCCCGGCCCUGCCGAGGCUGCUGGGAGGGGCAGGAAACUGCUGAGGGUCACCAAGCUCCUGGCACCUGGAAGAGAAGAAAAAAUGAUUGUGGAGCUGAACAAACCUUCCCCUAAAAGUGGCUCUGCCCCUGCUGAGAAUUCGGGGAACUCUGGAAUUCAGGUGAAGAGCCUGGAGGAAAUCAUGUGGGAGAAGCGGCAGCAGAAACAGCGGCAGGAGGAGAAGCUGCAGCAGGGAGCUGGGGCAAAUCCAGCUGAAAUCCAGGAGAAAAACCAGGAGAAAAACCAGGAGAAAACCCCAGGAUCAGGGAGCCCCGAGGCUGCUGUGGGGUCAGCCCAGCUGGGCAGGAGGAGAGGAGGAAAAACCCCCGAGGAUGGAGCAGGAACCCCAGAGAAGGAGCCGGGGAAAAAGGGAGCUCAGCUGCCCGAGAGGAGAGGCAGAGCCAAGUCCAGGCUGUCCCUGAAGCCUCUGGAUGCCAAAGCCCCUCCCAAGCAGCCCCUGAAGAGGAAGGGCCCCGAGGGCCACCCCCCUGCUGUGGUGGCAGUGAAGCCACUCAGUGCCACCAGCGGGGACACCCAGGGGUCCCCAGCCAAGGUUGUUCCCCCUUCUCCUGAGGACAGCCUGGACUCCAACCCUCGGAGGAAGAAUUCCCAGAACAGCCCUGAGCUGCAGCCUGGCGCCCAGGGCGAUUCCAUGGCACAGUCAGAGGUGUCUGGAUCUUCCUCCUCAUCCUCCUCAUCCACAUCUUCCUCCUCCUCCUCCUCCUCCUCCCUGGAGGCUCCCCUGAAGCUGCGGCGCCUGAGCUCGGCCGGCGGCGCCAAGGCCGCGCUGUCGGUGGAGGACGACUUUGAGAAACUCAUCUGGGAAAUCUCUGGGGGAAAACUGGAGGCAGAAAUCGACCUGGAUCCAGGCAAGGAUGAGGAUGCUCUGCUGCUGGAACUGUCUGAGAUGAUUGACAGCUGAGAGGGGAGGUUUUGUUGGAAAAAAAAAAACAAACGGGGAAAAAAAGACGCGACACCAAAAAAAAAAACCCACCCUGAAAAAGCGAAAUUUUCUCCUCACCUCCCACAAAAAUCUUGUAAAUGUUGUUGGAUCUGUGGAGGAGACCCUGCCCCAGCUGGAAGCACAGUUGGAUUGUUAGGAUUAGGCAGAGUCUGCUCUCAGUUAUCCCAAAAUUCCAGGCUGAGUUUGUCCCCCCACGGGACAGGACAGAGCACUUGGAACGCCCUGAGGGGCCACAGAUCCCAUCUCCAGAGCUCCCUCCUGGACAGAAAAUCCCAAAAAAAUCCCUGGAGUUACUGUGUCAACUCUGGGAGCCACAGAUGGACUCGCGUUUGGGGGGAAUUCAGGGAAAAGAGGCAAAAUCUGAGCAGGAUUUUGGACCAAAGCCUGCCAGGGUGAGCCUGGCUUGUGGGAUUUUUUCCAUGGGGGAAAGCAAAAAUUCCUCCUGGGAUUUGGGAAAAGGAACAUUGCUUCAAGUGCCUCUGGGUUCUGAGGAUUUCUCCCUGCAAUGAACUUCCCACAUCCAGCUGGGAUCGUUUUGGGAGGGGAAAAAAGAAAAAGCACCUGGAAUGUUCCCCCUUGGUUGCUUCCCUCUUUUCCAGCCCUUUGGAGAUGGGAUUGAGUGAAAUCCCCGUGGGGUUUUUGGUUUUUUUUUCAAUUUGUUUUGAGAUUUGUUUUUUGUUUUUCUGUAAAUAUUUUAUUCUUCCAUUUUAUAUUUGUAUGAUUCUAUUUAAGGGAUUAAAGGUAGGCUGCUCACUG